CUUCCAAAAUAAUCAAAACUAACUUAAAACUUUAUAAAACUACCUUUAAAAGAAACACCUGCUGUCCUUCCCAUUGAAUCUACAAACUCACCUUUAGGAACUGGUAAUAUACCGGCAGACAUUUGUAAACUGAAAAUAUCUGCUUGGAACGUAAACGGUUUGAGAGCUGUUUUACGUCGAAAAGAUUUCUAAGCUUAUAUAGAAAAUAAUAAUCCAGAUAUAUUAUGCCUAAACGAAACUAAAAUAGAUUAAGAAGCAUUUAAAAAAGAAAAAAUAUCAUCACAAAUUCCUCCCGCCUAUUACUAAUAUUGGUAAAUAUCUUUUUAAAAAAUACUUUUAUUUAAAUAUAUAUAAUAAAUAGGAAUUUCUGUAAACCUCCAUUUAAGGGAUAUUCUGGUGUAGCUAUAUUAUCAAAAUUCUAACCUUUAAGUAUAAAAGAAGAUAUAGAUAUAGAAAUGCAUUCAUAAGAAGGUAGAGUACUAUAAGUAGAAUUCGAGAACUUUUUUUUAAUAGUAGUUUACGUUCCAAACGCAGGUGAUGGACUUAAAAGAUUAGAUUAUAGGGUGGGUUAAUUUGAUCGAGAUUUUUAGAAUUAUAUAAAUAAAUUAAAAUUAAUUAAAAAUGUAAUUGUUUGCGGUGAUUUAAAUGUAGCACAUAUGCCUAUUGAUUUGA